AUGGCUCUGUCAGCGGUUUGGGUGUUCCUGGGCCUGGCCCACGGGCACAUGAUAAUGAAUCGCCCGGUCCCAUUUAAUCCCGGGAAUGUCAGCUUGUCCCCGCUGACUGCUCCCGGAGGCAAGCUUCCGUAUCCCUGCCAGGGUCUGACCAGCUUUGACUACCGGACUCCAGUGGUUGCUGGCCAGACAGCCUUGGUCAACUUCACGGGCACCAUGCCCCACGGUGGAGGGUCGUGCCAGUUUGGCAUCAACUUCCACGGGGAGCCUUACACGACGAACCCGGCCGACUGGAAGACCAUCUACACUAUCAUCGGAGGCUGCCCUGCCGAGGUCACCACCGCGUCAGGCAACCCGGACACGGCUGGUGUUGACUUUGCGGGGCGGAGCGAGUCGGUCCACUGCGGCGAUGACAAAGGUGUGAACUGCAUUCGGCAGUUCAACAUCCCCUUUCCUGUCGACCUCCCCAACGGAAAUCACACUUUCGCAUUCACCUGGUUUCGGAAGAACACGGCAGGCGAAAUGUACAUGAACUGCGCGCCUAUUUCCAUCACCGGCGGUGCGUCGUCGCCAGCCAGCGCGCCCGCCUUUGUCGACAGCCUGCCGAGCAUGUUCCUCGCAAACAUCAAGGGGCUCACCAACUGCACCACCAACACCACUGGCGAGCACGGCGUCUUCAACAUCCCCAACCCCGGCCGGUACGGCGUGCAGCUCAUCGAGCCGGACCCGGCCGCCGCGGGCAGCUGUCCGCCGACGCCGUCGCUGGCCCCUGUGUCUACUCCCCCACGCCCUACAGGCACAGGGACGGGCAAGGGCAAGGGCAAGGGCAAAGGAAGCGACACUAGCACGAGCACAACCACAACCACGCGGACAAAGAAAAGCACACACACCACCAGCAGCUUGGCACCAGGAGCAGCAGCAACGGGUAGCUCCCACUCCAACUCCCACGAUGACGAUGACAUCGCUAGCGUCGCGUGCAGCGUGGCCAACGGCGCCGUGUUCUGCAUCGGCGACGCCAAGUUCGGGGUCUGCAAGGACGGCCGCGCCGUGCCGCAGACGCUGCCCGCUGCGAAGAUGUGCCAGGGCGGCCGCGUCACGGGGCGGUUCCGCAAGUGCAAGCGCGGCAGCCCGGCAAGGCGGCGGCGGUCGUGGUUCUUCUGA